GAACGAGCCCUAAUCGCCAUCCCUUCUCUCGCAUGUUCUUGCUUUGCACGAUCUGUCUGAAGGAGUCCUUUCUUGCGGUUCUUCAAGUUGAAAUCUUUAUUCUUUCGUUUCUGGAGGCAGUACCCAUCUAUUGGCAUGGCAAGUUACUUGGGAAAAAAUACCUCUAAUGGAUGUGUCUAUGUUUGCAAAUUGCCUCCUGGAACUGAUGAGAAUAUGCUGGCUGAACAUUUUGGCACCAUAGGGUUGCUAAAGAAGGACAAAAGGAGUGGUCGGCCGAAGAUUUGGUUGUAUCGAGACAAAGUUACUAAUGAACCAAAGGGCGAUGCAACAGUUACAUAUGAAGAUCCUCAUGCAGCUUUGGCUGCUGUGGAGUGGUUUAAUAAUAAAGAUUUUCAUGGAAGCACCAUUGAGGUUUAUAUAGCAGAGUCAAAGGCUAAAGAAUCUGGAGAACAAUUUAACCUUGUUGCAGAUCUCAACAUAUCUGGGGAUUUAGGAGGGCAAGAUGAAAUAAAUGGUUCUGGAGGCAGAGGUAGAGGGCAGGUUGAUGCUUUAGGGAAAUCAUGGCAGCAGGAUGGAGACUGGUUAUGCCCAAAUACAAGUUGUUCCAAUGUAAAUUUUGCCUUUCGUGGCGUAUGCAAUCGCUGUGGGACUGCUCGUCCUGCUGGUGCUGGUGGAAUAGGAGCUGGGCGUGGUGGGCAGGGAAGGGGCCGUGGUAGCAAUGAAGCAGGUGGGCGUGGUCGAGCAGUAGCUGGCCCUACCACUGGGCUGUUUGGUCCAAACGAUUGGUCAUGCCCAAUGUGUGGAAAUAUCAACUGGGCAAAACGUUUGAAGUGUAAUAUAUGUAACACCAAUAAGCCAGGUCACAAUGAAGGUGGCGUGAGAGGGGGGCGUGGUGGUGGUUAUAAAGAACUUGAUGAAGAGGAAAUAGAGGAAACAAAAAGACGUCGUAAAGAAGCUGAGGAUGAUGGAGAGAUGUAUGAUGAAUUUGGAAACCUCAAAAAGAAAUACCGUGCAAAAGCCCAACAGGCUGAAGCUGCUCAUUCCCUUCCAGGUUCUGGCCGUGCUGGAUGGGAGGUUGAUGAAUUAGCAUUGACUGAAAGAAAUGGGCGAGAGAAAAGCAAGUACAGAGCAAGCGACCAUAGUGACUCAGAUAUGAGCAGGGGAAGGGACAAACGAGGACAGGGUUACGAGAGAGAGAGGCACAGAAGCAGGAGCAGAGAAAGAAACAAGGAGCAUGUGAAGGAGAGAAGCAGGGAUAAAGACAGGGAUCGAGAUUACGAUUAUGAAAGAAGCAGGGAUUACGGAAGAGAACGCGAUCGUCAUCGAGAUUGGUAGUGAUUGAUAUAUUUACUUCCAGCUUCUACCAAGGCAUUUAAUUUUUAUGAGGAUUAAACUUGUAUUAUAACUCGUUUGAUCGGACAGUGCAAAGUCCGGUUUAUAUUGUUGCUUCUAUCUGAUAAUCUUUAUCAUGUUUGAGUGUGACUAAUUAUUACCAAACUGAAAUGUUCGUUUUGAAAAAUGUCGGUCUCAAGGUGAUCAAUGGCAUUAGGACAGUUUUUGUUAGUUUUA